AUGCCCGUCCUCGCCAACCUCUCUGCGCACUUCUCGGCCCUCCUACACAACGUCAUCUUCUCCUUCCCUACACCUGGCAACUCCUCGGCCGAGGAUCAAGCAGCACGCAUCGACGAGAUAGCGGGCAAGAAUGCGCUGUUUCCUGAAAUGGCCAAGAUGGUACAGCAGCCAAGCGAGCAUCGGGCGUUGGCGGGUGGGAUCGGGCCUAUAACUUUUGUCGGGAGUGGGUAUGGUGUGAUGCUCGUCUUGAUGGCGCUACUCUUGAACCGGAUACAUCAUAUCGUCCGCCGGCCGAGGGUACCGCCUCCGCCAUUCCCUCAUCCUCCCAUGAACACUACUUUCUGGAAGGUCAGGCGAGCCGCGGUCCGCUUCCUCAUCUCCCCUGAAACACCUCGACUGCUCCGCAUUCCUGGUAUACUGAGCCUAGCCCGUGCCCUCGUACUCUUCACUGUGCUCGUUCUCCAGGUCGCCAACCUCUGGCCGGAGACAUAUCACUGGACUUGUCAAGGACCGAUCGAGCGAUGUGCCCGGGCGCUCGGGGACUGGGCGGGCGGAAUGCAGAUGGAGACGGUCUGCUGGCAGGUCUUUCUGAGUGUCUGUGCGGGACUGGCAUGUAGUGGUCUGGCGGAUGGGCUCGAUACACGACGUCGAGGCGCUGGCAACUCUGGCUUCAACCUGUUCGGCUACGCCUUUCUCCUCCACCUGUACUCUUCGCCUAUGACACAUCAACACCCACCACCUACGGCCGUAUACGGACGACCAGACAUACAUCCUGUAUUCCAGCUGUGGCUCGGUCUCUUGGAGCUUACCUGGCUUCAAACGAUCGAGCUUUUCGAGUCGACUCGUGGACGCCAACUCGCCCCUACCGCCUUCUGCGGCUCGCUCGGGCUCAUGCACUUUGUCUACGUCCUGUCGACGUCGCCCCUCAAAUUCCCCUCAUUCACCUUUCUCACCCACCUCCUUGCUCUCUUUCUGUCCAUCAUCAUCAUCUUCACCGUCUCUCUUACGGCCUUCACCAACCUCUUCACUCUCGGCUACCUUCCAACGCCCAUCCUCCGCAACUUGCUCCCACACGAGGGCGUCAUGCCUCGCGCAGAGGACGAUUUCGGCGUCGCGCUUCUCAAGCUCGGUACAGCGUGCAUGUGGUCCUCGCAAUACGGCGGCAUGCGGAACGAGCUCGUCCAUGUCUCAUUGCGACCCGGUCCUUGGGUUGCUCUCUCGUCUGCAAACUCGGUCGUCACGGUACCAAUGUCGGCGCAGGGCGGGUUCGGGACAGAGAUCACUCAAAUCGACGUGGAGCAGCCAGAGGAGUCGAGGCGGCAGGAUAAUUAUCAUCGGGAACUGAGGGCGUUCUGGAAGGCCGCAUGGGUGGUCGUCGUGAAUAUAGCGACGACGCUCGUGUUUGCUAUACCGGGCGGGAAGAAGGGCGUGGCGCUUGCGGUGAAUGCGUGGCAUGCGAGAUGGUGGUACGGCCCAAGAAGCUGGAGGGUUUGGCGUCGGGCAGCAUGGCGUCUACCCGUCGCGGCGGUGCAGGCGAACAGGCUCCGGCUGAUAGAGGGACAAAGAAGGGCGGCUGCAUUGGGCGCAAUAGGAGGAAACAGGCAGCGCCAGCGGUCGGUCCAGCCCGAGCGCGAGCAUCAGUCAAGCGGAACCUCGACAGCUUUGGCGCUGCGGAGCAGGCAGGGUUCGAUGGUGCCGUACGACAGCUAUCUGCGGGGCGAGGUGGAGAUGGAGGAUGACGACGAGGAGUGGGAGGACGAGAUUGAUCUCACCGAGGAGCAGGAGGACGGGUACGCUUCGUCCGAUUCUGGGUCGGGCGAGUCGGAAUCGGGCGGAGACGAGGGACCUUCCCUACGUGACUUCUUACCGACCGGGACGGAAGAUACGGCGGAUCUCCAACCUGUCUUACUCGCCCAUCUUACCUCUUCCUCCGCCUCCCCGCUCACUCGACGGCGAUACAAUGCCCUCAUGCUCGCUCCUUCAUCACCCACUGCCUCCCCUUCGCGCCCGUCUCGCCAUGCCGGCUCGUCGUCCCUUGCGCCGCUGGGAGCAAUGGACCAGGUCGUACAGGAUCGCCGGCUUCAAGCGGCUUCAUCCCGCGCCCAGCCGACAGGGGAUGACUGGGACGAAGAGCGCCGCAAGGCAUGCGUGAUCUGUACGGUGGAUCCGAGGGAUACGAUCCUUUGGCCCUGCAGGUGUUUGGCGCUGUGUAAUGAUUGUCGAGAGAGUCUGGCGGCGAGGGUGGAGCAGAAGGAACAUCUGUGUCCGUGUUGUCGGCGAAAGGUGGACGGGUACAGCAGGAUAUUUGUACCUUGA